AUGAGUAAUCCCUGUCGUAACAAUCCAUGCUAUUAUGGUAGUACCUGUCAAGUUGGAUUCACAAGGAAAGGUUUUCGCUGCAUCUGCCCCAUUGGAUUUCCUUCAAUAAGAUGCUUUAAAGCCAAGUCUUGCAGCGACGUAAAGACGCUCGACCCAGCAGUUAAAACCGGCCCCUAUGUCAUAGAUUCUGAUGGUGAAGGAGGAUUGAUACCGUUUAAUGUCACCUGUAACAUGACUGACAAGGAUGGUGUUGGCGUAACAGUAAUAGGUCAUAACAGCGAAAAUAAAACAAAGGUGGACAAAUGUCAAAAACGAGGCUGUUACUCACGUAACAUCCUCUAUACAGGAGCGAACUUUUUUCAACUAGAGAGUCUUACCAAGGCUUCGUUGUUCUGUGAGCAGUUCAUCAAGUAUGAAUGCAAAGCUUCAAAGAUAUUUCCUAAGCCCAAAAACAAAUCUUCAAUCAGACCUUUCGCCUGGUGGAUGUCACGGGACUUUAUCAAAAUGACAUAUUGGGACGGAGCAGCAGCUGAUAGAAGAAUGUGCGCAUGCGGAAUAAAAGGCACGUGCGCAAAAGGAGACAAGUCUCGAUGCAACUGUGAUGCGAAUGACAAAAAAUGGCGUGAAGACAGUGGCCUCCUCACUAACAAGAUACAUCUACCCGUCAAGCAGCUGAAGUUUGGAGAUACGGAUCUCAAACACGAGGAGGGUUACAAUACCUUAGGAAAGUUUAAGUGCUAUGGAACUGCCUAGUUGUAAUUAUGUUGCUGAACUUGCUCUUCUUCAACUUUGAAUAUAUAUAUAGCAUGGUCAAGUUGUUCGAGAUACGAUUACUACUUGAUGACACCUUGUAUCUAGCCUUAGUAUGAUCUCUUACUGAGUUUUUAAGUUUUCAGUUCAAGUUAUACAUUGCAAUAUUUCCACUGCUAAGGCUCAGUUAAGUUAAGAUAAGUUAACAAACGCUUGUUGAGUAGUCAGUAUUAAUAAUCAGAGUGGCAAAGGCUCGAAUCAGUGGUUGGGAGAAGAUCGAGUUUUAUCGUGAGGAGUAUUACUGUACUGCAAACUGAAAAAACAAUCUUGAUCCAGAAACGAAAUUGUUCUUCUGUAAAAUAACCUCACUGAAACAAUUGACUUGAAAUUCGCGGCUCAAGGAACUAAGACUGGUCAUUUAAUUGCUUCU